CCGGGUCUGGGUCUGGAGACGAGGCGCAGAGCCAGCCGAGGCCGCCAAGCCGGGGCCGCUGAGCUCGGCGGCGCCGCGGGGUCUGGGGUGCCUGCUCGCUGCUCCGCCCGCUCCCGGCCAGCUGUGCAGGCGGCUGAACCCGCCGCCGCAGCACCAGGAGCAGCAGCGAGGACUCGAGCGCGGGUGGCAGCGGCGACACCAUGGAUCUGUCCUUUAUGGCCGCGCAGCUGCCCAUGAUGGGAGGUGCCUUCAUGGACUCGCCCAACGAGGACUUCAGCACGGAGUACUCCCUCUUUAAUUCCUCCACCAACGUCCAUGCGGCCUCCAACGGCCAGGGCCAGCCGGAGGAGCCUCCGCGGUCCUCCAACGACGCAGUCUUGCUCUGGAUUGCCAUCAUAGCGACACUGGGGAACAUUGUGGUGGUUGGGGUGGUGUACGCCUUCACCUUCUAAGGUUCGGGGCGCCCGCGAGCUCCAGGCCGACUCUCCCCGUGCUGGGCUCACAGCAGGGCGAGGCCUUGUUCGGGGCACCAGCGCUGUCGGCCUUUGGCUGUGCCCACCUCCUGGAACCAGGAGUUCUGACCAUGUGCACGGCCUCUCCAGGGGCAGUGACUGUGCAUCAGAAAUUUCCCCCAAGCAGCCCUGAUUUCCAAUGUUCUGUGCUGUGGUCAAGCUGAGCCAGAAAACAUGGGAGUGUGAGCUUCCAGCCCCUGGAGGCGUGAUGGGGCAAAGCCUUCACGAGGAGCAAAUUGGGGAAUUUUUUGAAACCGUAUUUCAAUAACGUAAGACCAGAAGAAACAGCCGGUUAGGUGUGAAAUAUGGACAUGGGGUUACAAUCGCUUGCUGGCCGUAAAUAACCACGUAUGUGUCUUGUUUUUAUGCCAACUUACCGCACCUGGUGCGUGAGGUGCCGGGCGAGAGCAGCCCUCAGUACUGGAGCGUUCCCAGCCCAGCCUUGGUCUCCCAUUCAGCCCUUUGGAAUAGGGUGGUGGUGAACUGGGCCAUAGAACAUUCCUCGUUUGACUUGGACAGGGCAUCUUUGUCACCAGACACUUGGCCCCUUUUGAGACCCAGAUGCAUCGGGAAGUCCAAGGGCAGGCGGAUGACUGGUGACGGGAUGGGAUUUCCAUGGGUAGGGGGUUCUCUGCUGGACGGACUUGCUCUUCUUUUUCAAAAGAGAAGAAGCGCCUUUAAACUGUGGAUCUGCCAUGUGGUCAAGUCUUCAGACCAGCAGCCAGAAGAUGCUCUUUCCUCUCUGAGAAAUCUCGGGAUUUUAGAGAUAGCAGGCUCACGCUCACCUGAUCUUCCGACAGCUGGGAGGGAGAAGCGCGGUUUGCCAUUGAUCACAGGGCAGGUGACUGCACCCGUCAGAGCAGGAGGGACCAGGAGGGACGUUUCCUGACUCAGCCGGGGGCUCUCUCAGCCCCAGUGAAGUACUCUCUCAAGCAAAUCCCUGCUUCUCAGCUGCCCUCGGGGAGAAUGCCCAGAGAAAGGGUCUGGAAGCUGUGUGCCAGGGGGGCCAGGUGCUCAGACACCUGCAUUUUACACGGGGUCUGGCUCCCGGGUUCUCUUGCAGGCAUGAAUGUGCUCUGUCCGAGUCAGCCUCCUUAACCUUCCUCCAAGUCAGUGGCUGUGGGGAAGGGGGUUCUGGCAAGUAAGGGAGCCUCCCGAGCAGACCAGCACAGGAUGGGAUGCGCUGGGGGAGAAGGACUCGUUCUUCUUCUGUCUUUAGGAAAGGCGCCUGCAUGGUACGCCCCCUUCCCCAGAUAGCUCCCCUGUGCUGAGCAGAGUGAGAGGCUCACACGCAGGCUCCCUCGCUUGCAGGCCAGGAGUGGCUUUCUCUGUGCUUUCUCCCCGUGCUGUGCAAAAGAAAAUAAAUGGUCUAAACUUCCCCUCUCUGGUGGGGAAACUGAAAAGACUGGGUGGGAAACCCUGGUGCUGUUUGGGGACAAUUGCAAAAAAGGUGAUUGUGUCCCUGUGGUCUCAGGAGACAUGGCUGUUCCUGGAUGGCAGGCACAGGGACAUCUUAAUUGUCCAGAGGCAGCCACUCGUCUGCGAGGUUGGCGCCGGGCUACUGUGCCAACAGGAUCUCCAGCCUGACCUCCAAACUGUGUCCGCAGACGGCCACCAGCUCCUCUGAGCCACAUCUGUCACUGCAGCCAUGCAUGCAUCCACGGCGGCUUUGGCUCAAGUGGAGGUCGCGAGUGCAGUGCUGAUGACCUUUGCAGAGAGGGAGAAGGGAUGGGGGACCUUUGGCCUGGGCUCCUUCUGGAAUCACUGACAGGGCCGUGCUCUCAGCAGGACCAGACCGGGGCAGGGGGCGGGGGCCGGGAGGGGGCUGGGCUGGGUGGUCAGCUGUUACACGCCCAUCAUCCCCGCUGCUUCCCGAGCAAACUCUUCCCUGCCUCAAGCCCCCAUGUGUGCCCUAUAAGCAAGGGCUUUCUGAGACUGGUGUCUUCAUGAGAACCCAAGGAGGAGGUUGAGAGCCGGGGUGGAGAGGAGCCUAGGCGAUGCUUGGUGUCUUUGUGGGGGUCACUACAGCCCAGAUAUUCUGAGUCCUUACCUUCUGACCCCGCAUCCCCAAAGGAGCCCUGUAGAGAUGUAGUCGGCAGCUCCCUGUUCUCCGAAUGGCCUGCGGCAAUGGCAGUGGGAGCUCUAGAGUGUUCUGUGUGCCGUGACUGGGGAGGGAAGGAACGUGUGGUCCCAGCUCUGAGUAUCCAGGGCAGCCCCAGCGGGCUGGGGAUUCUCUGGGUAAUUCUGGGUGCAGGGGUCUCCCCCACGAAGGCUUUCUCUUCCCCUGGCGUGAAUGCCAGUUAAAUUCAACUUUCAAGGAGUUCUCCCUCUUUGGUCAGGGCCACAGACACAGGGCUUGGAACCCUGGGCCAUCUUGUCCAGACUUUACCUUCGGCGACUAUAGUGACUUGCUCAGGGUCACUCCAUCACAGUCUGCUACAGUGUUUUGACCUGGUUUUUCCUACCAUCACUUAGAUAACAAUGAGGAUAGAUGUGCACGUGAAAGUCCAGUGAAGGGUAAAGGACAGAUUUCCAGCCAGAAGGUAUGCUGUGCUGUCCCUCCUGCCUUACGCAGCUGGGCUCUGUCUCGGAUGUUAGGUAACAGGCAGGAGGCACCAUCUGAGCAUUGUGUCCAGGCACCGUGCUGGGCCCACAUGUGCGUGUUUAAUCUAUACGAUCGCCUUACAGCAUCCUUGCUCCAAGACAUAUGGAACCAGAAACUCAGGGGAGUGGAGUAACUUGCCCGAGGCCACACAGCAUGAAAGUGACAAGCUGGGAUUUGAGUCUGGACCCUCCAGCUCUAAAACCAGCCUCUUUCUGCCACACCAUGCUGUCUUCAGUGGCUGGGGUGGCACCUCCAGGGCACAUUUAAGCCAGGCUCUGGGUCUACAGAGGCCAUUCCUUGAGGCCCCAUGUCGUGGUGUGGCCCGGGCCAGCUCUGGCUCCCUCCACAGGCAGAAGUCUGACUCUCCUCAGAAUAGGGCAGGCUCGUCCCCCUGCCCAUUGCCCUCUCUCUGUCCAAGCUUCAGGGAUGGUGGUCCCUGUCACCUGCCCCUCUCUUUUUAAAGCCGAACACAAGUGUGUUUGUGUGGCCAGAGACGUUAGCGGAGAGCGGCUUUCUUGGGAUACAUGCCGAAGGACCCUGGCCAAGACCCGGAGCCCAACAAAGGGGCCCGCACAAGGAGUGAGGCUCACGCAGCCCGAUAGCCGAGGAAAGUCGGGACGGUCCGUGUGGUAGGUGAGGCUCCAGCCCAGGCUCAGGCCUCCUGUUGAGCCCCAUGGGGACUCUCCUGAGCAGGCAGGACGGAUGCUCCUCUCUCACAGCCCAGCCUGGGGCUCCCAUCUGGCUUCUCCUGGGUGAGGUUGGCCCCAGAGCCCACCUUGACUUAAUGAGCCAGCACUGAGGAAGAAGGGGCUUGUCUCUUCAGUAGCUGCUCUUCAGAGAAGGGGUCCUGUAUUUGCUGGAAUGUUCUCCCUCCUUGGCCCUCCACAUGCCUCUGCAUCUUCCCUCUGCUAGCCAUAGGUGCCCCAUACCUGUGUUUGUCUGCAUGUGGGACACGUGCUUUAGGAGGGCUGGAGAUACUGUCAUUGGAACUUGGGAGGAGAGGCCGGAGGACACUUUAGCCAGGUGUGUCCCGAGGGGAUUCCACCUCCUGUAUGGGCCCGGGGGGAAUUAAUGAUCACUCUGCUGUCCCUCCCUUUUCCCUGAGAUCUAGGUCAAGAGGCAGAUGAGAUUCCCCUGACCUCCCCUACCCUCCAGAGAGAGACAAAUUUACCUCCUUUCAGGAGAUCCCCGGGAUCAGAGGGAGAAAGUUAGGGAGGGCAGGCUAGUACCACUUGGCUGGAGAGGCAAUAAGCCAUUUUCCAGCCUGUUCUAAAUGGAAGGCCUGGCUACCGGCCAGACCACUAGCAUAUGUUGGAACCCCUCCCUGGAGACUGGAGAGACUCGGCCGUCAUCUGUGCUGCCACCUGAUUCCCUCCAGACAAGUGCUCCUCUCCUUCUUCAGGAGCAUGACCUUCUUCCAUCAUUAGCAGUGAUAUCAUUAAUAAUUAUUAUCCUUGCUGUUGUCAUCUGUCGUGCAUCUUCCUUGUGCUGUGCUCUGUUCAUAUCCCAUUUACUUCUCCACUCACCCCUCGGAGGCAGAAGUGCGGUGCGGAGAGGUGCACGUUAAUUAUUGUCCCAUUUUUCUGUUGAGAAAACUGAGGCCGGGCCAAUGGGCCUGAGAACCCACAUCUAGAGAGCUGGGAUUCAGAUCCACCUCUGCUGGCCCUCCAGCCUGGAUGGCUACCCUGCGUCUCCCUGCGCGCACACUCUCCGCGGUGAGCCCUCUGGAACGGACCGCCCCAGGAGCAGGCACUCAGGCUGGGGCUGUUUGGGUCCUGGAUCGUGGAGUUGAAGUGUAGGUCCUGGAAGGGGGCCGGAGCAGUGCACACGGGUUUAGCAGUCUGAGAACCUCACAGCGGUAAAGAGGCGUUAGAGAGCUUCCAAUCAGGACCUGUAAUGUUGGGGAGGGCAAAUGGGGCCUCACGGAAAAGGAAAGAAGACCUGGCAAGUCUCCGGCUGCCUGGUCCAGAACAUCAUCUCCCAGCCUGCUGUGCCGUCACCGGGAGAACGGGGAUGGCCCUGGAUUCCCAGCACCAGCCGCGGGAUGGGCAUCGCGCUCCCUUCCAGCUGUCACCCGGCCCCCUGCACCGUGUCCUGGCACCUGCCCGUUGAGCAUCCCCAGAGCGAGUCCUAGGUGGGCUGGGCUGCCCUGACAGGACAACCAAGAGGCUGUGCUCAGGGGGCCAAAGGCAGCAGUCAGAGCCUGAGUGCCUUGUAGUGGCCUGCCCCACGGGCCCCUGGCCUCUGUCAUCAGUGACAAGGACACAAGACAGGCUGGCUGAGCUGAGGGCUGAGAGCCCCGAGGGAUGGAAGUUCAUCAUCUCCAAGCGGAAAAAAGGAGCCUCUCCGAGAAACUCAGGUCAUCCGCAUCAAGCAGCAGCGAGAUGUUCCCAGAAAAUCACUUCUGAGAUGAGACCUUGGCCAUUUUCUUUCCCCUUGGCGGGGGGUGUGUGUGUGACAGGGGACAAAGCAGUGCAAAACACAGGGACUGCAGAGAGGAAGGAUUUCCCCCAGAGUGAGAAAAGGGUAGCUGUCAGGAGUUAAUGGAAUGGUCGAAAGUACAGAAAAUUGACUACAUCAAUUUUGGAAUGUAAGUCUGUGUUGUUGUUCUGAGUCACUGGGCAAGUCAUAAUUUUUCUUUAUCAAGAGAGAUAAUAAGGGGUGCCUGGGUGGCUCAGUCAUUAAGCGUCUGCCUUCAGCUUGGGUCAUGAUCAUAGGGUCCUGGGAUCGAGGCCUGCAUCGGGCU